AUGGCUGAUAAGAAGCUCAACCCCACCGGAGCCUCUGCUCCCGCAAAAUUGCCGCGUCUUCCAGAUCACGCCGACGUCCAAAAGCGCCCGCUGAUGCACCCGCCCGUACCCUCGCCCUACAAGAGCAGCGACACGCCCAAGAUCGUCUACGUUAGCUCGAAAACACCCUUCAUCUCUGCCGUCAAGCGCGUCCGAAGCCUGCUCAAAGAAGCCGACAAGCGCGCAACGCAGAGCGCCCUUUCCCAGAAGAAGCACCAGCGCGGAGACCCUAUCCUUGCAGCCGCUCAAGCUUCGGCCAACAAGGACACUACUCCGGAGGCGGUGACAAUCAAGGCGACGGGCAAAGCCAUCGAAAAGGCUACGAAUCUGGCCUUGUUCUUCCAACAGCAGGAGGACUGCCGUGUCACUCUGCGGACUGGCACCGUCGAUGCUAUAGAUGACAUUGUUGAGAAGCCGAAUGCAAAGCGCAAGAGGCCAGAUGAUGAAGAGGAGCUCCCGGAGACAAGGAUGCGCAAGACAAGCAUGUUAGAGGUGAUUGUCACUCUUCGUUGA